AUGCGCACACAUCCAUUGUCAGCCUUCCUCUCUUUUGCGCUGCUGGCAAUUGGGGCUGCUGCAAGGGACGCUCUCUUCGGUACAGACGAUGCGCGCAUCUUAUAUGACAAGUCGUGGGUAGAUUCUGCCGAAAAUUCAAAGCUCAAGACAUCAGUUAAUGGCUCUAUCUACCUCUUAUACGGAGACUUGACGAUUCAUUAUGCGCCCCCAAAGAAUGGAAGUAUGCACCUCUGGGUCGACGGGAGGGAGUGUUUUGACUUGAAGCUUGCUGCAACUACGGCGCCGCAAUCGUCUAUUGACUCUAGUCUCAAGGAGGCCACCUUCAAACUCUAUUUAGCAGAUCAUCAGAUCCAUAUUUCUGGAUCCUCUAGCUCUACUUCAGAUCCGAUGGUGUUUGGGGGGCUGAAUAUUAACCUAGAUGGGCCGGAUUCAAUUUUUACGAAUUGGGGAGUCCCGCGUCACCAAAAUGUAGAGAUCAUCGACAAUACGGCCUUCAACUAUAGCUCUGGAUGGGAAGUGGCUGCAGAGGCGCCAUUCUCCUACGAAUCGACGUUGAUGCGAACCAGAACCAAGGGUGCAUGGGUGUCAUAUACUUUCCAGAAGCCCUAUCUUCAAUUUUGGACCUAUGGAACCCGUGGGGAACACUCUGUUGUCCAAGCGAUAUACCCAUAUCAUUCUGGACAAGUCCAAUCUGGCGUCAGCUCUCUCUACUUCCCAGUCAACGAGACGCUCGUCCAGACAUUGAUUUCUUCCAACCGCGACUGGGGUACGCCUGGCACGUUUGUAAACUUUACUCUCGAGGAAGGAACGAUGGCUGUCGACUUUAUCGCUGUGAUCUAUGGCGAACCCCCGAAGCCUAACAAUACGGUCAAGAUCGCAGUCCCUGUUGUGAUUCUCGGAGUGGCAGUGUUGGUUGCUGUCGCAUACUUCGUCGUUCGAUCUCGCAAGCGCAAGGCGACGGAAGAGGAGAAGAGGAAGAAUGAGCCGUACUUCUUUGAAGGCCUGGAGAAGCCCAAGGGGAGCCAAGCCUUGAGCCGAGUCUCGUUGGCGCCCAGGUUGGACUCUCCCAUCUCCCGAGGUAUGCUCAUACGCUCGUUAUCACUCUUCCUAUCCUUGGGAUUGCUGGGGAUUGGAGCUGCCGCACAAGGCGUUCUCCUGGGUGCAGACGACUCGCGCAUCUUGUAUGACAAGUCAUGGACGGCCUCUACUGUAAACUCGAAGCUUAAAAACUCCAUUAAUGGCUCCAUCUACUUCUUCUAUGGAGGUACAGACUUGACGGUCCACUAUGCGCCUCCAAAGGACGGCAACAUGCACCUUUGGCUCGACGGAACCCAGUACCUCGACUUGAAACUUGCGGCGACUACCGCGCCACAGUCGUCUGUAGACCCCAGUCUCAAGGCGACCAUCUUCAGACUCCCCUUGGGUAGCCAUCAGAUUCACAUUGCAGGAUCUUCGAGCUCUAAAUCGGAUCCUAUCGUUUUUGGAGGACUGAAUGCGAACCUGGAGGACGGUGCGGCAGAGAGCAUGAACUUUGGCGUUCCAUCUGGCCACAAUAUAGAGAUCAUCGACAAUACGGCCUUCAACUAUAGCUCUGGAUGGGAAGUGGCUGCAGAGGCGCCAUUCUCCUACGAAUCGACGUUGAUGCGAACCAGAACCAAGGGUGCAUGGGUGUCAUAUACUUUCCAGAAGCCCUAUCUUCAAUUUUGGACCUAUGGAACCCGUGGGGAACACUCUGUUGUCCAAGCGAUAUACCCAUAUCAUUCUGGACAAGUCCAAUCUGGCGUCAGCUCUCUCUACUUCCCAGUCAACGAUACGCUCGUCCAGACAUUGAUUUCUUCCAACCGCGACUGGGGUACGCCUGGCACGUUUGUAAACUUUACUCUCGAGGAAGGAACGAUGGCUGUCGACUUUAUCGCUGUGAUCUAUGGCGAACCCCCGAAGCCUAACAAUACGGUCAAGAUCGCAGUCCCUGUUGUGAUUCUCGGAGUGGCAGUGUUGGUUGCUGUCGCAUACUUCGUCGUUCGAUCUCGCAAGCGCAAGGCGACGGAAGAGGAGAAGAGGAAGAAUGAGCCGUACUUCUUUGAAGGCCUGGAGAAGCCCAAGGGAGCCAAGCCUUGA